AUGGACAUUGCAUCCAAGACACUAACCCUACCACUGCUAAAGAAAAUGUCUUCUACCACCUUUCUCUUCUUCCUCCUUAUAAACAUAGCCAUGGCUGCUGCGGCGGCCACCACACUCCACACGGGAUUCUACUCAGAAGCUUGCCCGAAAGCCGAACUUAUUGUCAGGGAUGUCAUGAAGAAGGCCAUGAUUAGAGAACCCAGAAAUGGUGCCUCGGUCAUGCGCUUGCAAUUCCAUGAUUGUUUUGUAAAUGGAUGUGAUGCUUCUCUGUUGCUAGAUGACACACCAACCAUGCUAGGGGAAAAACUUUCCUUACCGAACAUAAAUUCACUAAGAUCAUAUGAAGUUGUGGAUGAAGCAAAGGAAGCUUUAGAGAAGGCCUGCCCAGGUGCUGUGUCUUGUGCAGAUAUCAUAAUCAUGGCUGCCAGAGAUGCUGUCGUUCUGAGUGGAGGACCCAACUGGGAAGUGAAGUUGGGAAGGGAAGAUAGCUUAACGGCCAAACAAGAGGAUGCAGACAAUAUCAUGCCAAGCCCAAGAGCAAACGCAACCUUCCUCGUUGAUCUCUUCAGUAAAUUCAAUCUCUCUGUUAAAGAUCUAGUAGCCCUUUCUGGGUCUCAUUCAAUCGGCCAAGGCCGGUGCUUUUCUAUCGUCUUCCGGCUAUAUAACCAGUCCGGUUCAGGCCGGCCAGACCCCGCCAUUGAACCCAAGUUCAGAGCAAAGCUAAAAAAACUUUGUCCAAUUGGUGGAGAUGGAAAUGUGACAGGAGACUUGGAUGCAACAACUGACGUAUUUGAUAACAAGUAUUUCAAGGACUUGGUGAAUGGUAGAGGAUUUCUCAAUUCUGAUCAAACACUCUUUACAUACUCGAAAACUAGAAAAUAUGUGAGGCUGUUUAGUGUAGCUCAAGGUGAAUUCUUCCAGGCCUUUGUUGAUGGGAUGAUUAGAAUGGGCGAUUUACAAUCGGGUCGGCCGGGGGAGAUUAGAAGAAACUGUAGGGUGGUCAAUAAGCCGGCCAGUGGACAAAGUGACUGGGACUUCAGGACAAGAGAAGUUGUAAUUAGAGCCAUUGGUAAAACAGAAGAAGAGAAUGGUCCAAAUGUCAUUGUAGAUGAUGGGUUACUAGUCGUAAAACUGAUCAGUAUUUGUGUACUUUUAGGUUGGAUUUUGAGAAGAGUUCAAAGGCUGUGGAGCUUUCUUGGAAACUUUAUCUUGAAAGCAUUGGAAACAACUUACAGAAACUAA